AUGCCUCCCCAACCAUACACCACUCACCCCCUCACCACCAACUGGCAAUUCCACCGCCUGGGAGACCCCCCCACAAAAUGGCAUCCCGUCCCCCACCUCCCCUCAGACAUCCACACCGAACUCAUCAACUCCUCCCUCCUCCCUCACCCCUUCCUCGACCUAAACGAACUCGCCAUCUCCUGGGUAGCCGACCAGACAUGGAUCUACCGCCUCACUUUCCCCACCCCCGCCCACAACCCCGAUGCCGUCAUCGACCUUGUCUUUGAAGGCCUGGACACUUUGGCGACAAUCAUCCUGAAUGGCCGGGUAAUCAAACAGACAGACAACAUGUUUGUUUGUUGCAGAGUGAAUAUUAACGAUUUUGUCGCGGGGGAAGAAGAGAACAUCUUGGAGAUUACCUUUGAUAAUGCCCGGGAGAGGGGUUUACAGUUGGUGAAGGACCAUCCGGAGCAUGAGUUUAUUGUGCACCAGACCGAAGUGAGCAAGGGCCCGGUGAGGAAGGCUCAGUGCCACUGGGGAUGGGAUUGGGGGCCGACACUCAUGGCGUAUGGGCUUUGGAGGCCGGUCAGGAUAGAGGUGUAUGAGAGUAGGAUUGGGGAGGUGACGGUGAAAUAUAAUGUUGAUUUGAGCGAGGGGGGAGAGGAGCCGGAGGUGGAGAUUGGGUUGUGGGCUGGGAUUGUUGGGCGGGCAGGGUGGGCAGAGGUGGAAGUUGGCUUUGAGGGGAGAAAAAUGGUUGCUUUCACAGGAGAACAGGGGAAGUUGAUCAAGAAUGGGGAGCAUCCUGAGACGUGGGAAUAUUCAGCAUCGAUGGUCAGGUUGGAAGGUGCAAAGCUGUGGUGGCCGAGAGGGUACGGCGGUCAGAAUUUGUACGACGUGCGAGUGAAGAUUUUCGAUGCCGAAGGCGGGACGGUUCUGGCAGAGCAUAAUCACAGAGUCGGGUUCCGCAAGGCAGAGUUGGUCCAGGAGCGGGAUCGGUAUGGACAAUCGUUUUACUUUGGGGUCAAUGACAUCGAUGUGUUCGCUGCUGGCUCGAACUGA